UAGGCUUGAAUAAGACCAGUUUAAGGAGAGAAGAUGAAGCCCAUAUUUUGUGGAAACCUGGAAUAUGAUGCACGGCCAUCAGAGCUCGAGCGCCUAUUUAAAAGAUACGGGAAGGUUGAAAGAGUGGAUGUGAAGUCAGGAUUACUUGAGGUUUCCAUAUUCUUCCUGGAUGGAUGGGCCAUCAUAUUUCCUUUUCUGGCUGGUGCCUUUCUGGCAUCUUCUAGUGUUUUUCAAGAAGAAUUUUCUGAUCUGUCAUGGCAUCAACAUCCUACAUUUUCCUGAGUACCAUUGCUUUUUAAAAUCAUCAUGACUUUUGCUCAGUCUUCAAUUUCUGACAUAUGUUGCCAUAGAAAUCAUAAUCAUCACAGAAGCCACUAGCAGGAUUUGCUUUUGUCUACAUGGAAGAUGAACGAGAUGCUGAGGAUGCUAUUCGAAGACUUGAUCACACAGAGUUUGGAAGGAAGGGGCGCCGGCUCCGUGUUGAAUGGACCAAGCAAGAACGUGGAGACAGAAGGGCUGACAUCUCGAAAAGACCAGUUAAUACAAAGCCCACAAAAACCUUGUUUGUCAUCAACUUUGAUCCUGUCCAUACCAGGACAAGGGAUUUGGAGAGGCACUUUGAUCUGCAUGGCAAAAUUUUAAAUAUUAGGAUCAGAAGAAAUUUCGCAUUUAUACAAUUUGAAUCUGAGGAAGAAGCGAGUAGAGCACUGGAGGCAACCAACAUGAGCAAGUUUAUGGAUCGUGUCAUCUCAGUGGAAUAUGCUAUUAGAGAUGAUGAUGAAAGAAGAAAUGGGCACAGCCCUGAGAGAAGAGGCCGUGAUUUUUCACCUGAUAAAAGAGGAUAUGGUCGUGGGCGUUCUCCGAGUCCAUAUCGCAGGGAUAGAGAUAGCCCUGACUAUGGGCAUGGAUCCAAGCCAAACUCGAGACUUGAAUCUAGGAGAAGUCCAGACUAUGGGAGAGCAGAAAGCCCAGCCGCUGAGAGAUACCAAGGGCAUGGAUCCAAGCUAAACUCAAGACAUGAAUCCAGGAGAAGUCCAGACUAUGAAAGAGCAGAGAGCCCAGCCGAUGAGAGGUACCAAAGUCGCUCUCGUUCACCCCCACCGCGCUCUCGUUCACCUCCACCACGAGAAAGAUCUCGUUCAUAAGAUGCUGAGGAUAUAUCCAAGGAAGCAACAAUGAAGCCUUUGUUGGUUUGAUUAUGUUGUGUACUGUUUGUAGCUGCGCAGUGUCGUGCUUUCUUUGAACCCAAAUAAAACUUCAAAUUGCUUUAUAGUGUGUAGGUAGCUAAACUGCAAAUCAGUUCUGUACUUUAUUAUAAUCCAUUGUUCUGGAUUUGACAUUUUACUUGUCUUGUCAACUUGGAAAUUGCCGUAUCUUGAAGGCUGGAUUUAUUCGUGUCGUUCUAUUUAGGUUGCAAGAUUUCACUGUCAA